UUGUUUGAAGACACAAAGAGGAAUGGCUGCCAUUAGAGAAGGAGAAAAUGAUGGUAUGGGCGUAAGUUUGAAGGAUUUGUCUAAGAAACUAGAAGACUUUGCAAAGGCUAGAGACUGGGAAAAAUAUCACACCCCCAGAAAUUUACUCCUUGCCAUGGUGGGUGAAGUGGGGGAGUUAUCAGAGAUAUUUCAAUGGAAGGGAGAGGUCGAAAAAGGGUUGGAAAGUUGGGAGGAAUCAGAGAAAGAGCAUCUGGGAGAGGAACUAUCAGAUGUACUCUUAUACCUUAUCAGAUUGGCCGAUAUAUGCGGUAUUGAUCUUGGCCAUGCUGCCCUCAAUAAAAUCCUCAAGAACGCUAUCAAAUAUCCUCCCAUUUCCUUAUAGUAAUUAAUCUCAAAUCAAGAUUAAUGAUAUCCCUUUUUUACUUCUGUUUUUGAUCCACAUUAGUAAUCUAUUUCAUCAAUAAAACAACACAAUUGCUUUCA